AUGUCCUCCCCUUCCAGGCAGGCCUCCCCUGGCGGGGCGGGCCUCCUCCAAGGGAGCAGGACCCGAUCCUACGGCAGCCUGGUGAAGACCCUGAGCUCCCCGGCGCGGGAGAGGCGGAUCGAGCAUUGCCUGGAGCCUGGGGACACUUUGCCGGGGCUGGCGGUGAAGUAUGGGGUCACGACGGAGCAGAUCAAGCGGGCCAACCGGCUGUACACCAACGACUCUAUCUUCCUGAAGAAGACGCUCUACAUCCCGGUCCCGGUGGAGCCCAAAGGGCUGACCAACGGCUUGAACCUGGACGAGGAGGAGGAGGAGGCAGCGGAGGAAGAAGAAGAAGAGGCAGGGGAGGGUCAGCCUGACAGCGCCAAGCGGCAGAAACCCCAGCGGAAGAACGGGGCCUCGGCCUCCGCCCCCAAGCACGACCUCUCAGCCGCCGAUUUCCUCUUCAAGCUGGACUCUGAGAUCCGCCGCUCCAAACAGGCCGCCACCAAGAAACUGCGGGAGGGAGAGGGAAUGGCCCCCGACAACGAGCCGGGAUCCAGCCCCGGCCCCUCCUAUCAGAACGAGCCUUCUCCUUGCACCCCUAAGCGCGCAGUCCUGGGGCCUGUUCCGCUCACCAAAAUCGCCCGCGCUGACACCCUUCGGGAUCAGGAGGACGAAAUCUUCAAGCUCUGA